GAGCCAUGGCGGGCCCGCCGCUGCCGCCGCUGCUGCUGCUGCUGCUACUGCUGCUGGCCGCUGCGACCGCAACAGCCGGCAAUGGCGUGGUGGACGUGCUGGAGGCGGCGCUGUUGAGCGCUCUGCCGCGAGGCGUCAACCGCACGGAGGGCAGGUGCCCGGGCGCGGAAGCCUACCACAUCAGCAAGCACGCGCUCAGCAGCGUCCACACCGCAGAGCUCUUCCCGGAAGGCUUCCCCAAGGACUUCUCCAUCCUCAUGACCACACGCCUGCAGCCCGGCAUGGAGCAUGCGGUGCUGUUCACCAUCUACGACGACAUGGGCGACGAGCAGCUGAGUGUGUCGCUGGGCAAGGAUGUGACACUGCUCUACCAGGACGACGGUGCUGACGGCAGUAACAACUCCAUCAGCUUCGGAGUCUCCACUGCCGAUGGAGAGUGGCACCGACUGGGCUUCAGCGUGAAGGGCGACGCGGCGACGCUCAUCACCGACUGCGGCCAGACGGUGACCCGCGAGCUGCGCCGCUCGCUCGACUCCACCAUCAGCAACGACGGCGUUCUCUUCCUGGGACAGCAGUUGCAGGACGAGGAUUUCUACGCGGGGGACGUGGAGCUGCUGGCCAUAGCACCAGUGCCGGACGAGGCGUACGAACUGUGCCGCGACCACUCCGUGGACUGCGAAGAAUCUCGGUACAGCGCUCUGGAGGGCAACGCUGAUGAUGACGGCGACGGCGACAGCGAAGGCGACUCAGACGCGGAAGGGGAGGGGGACGCUGACUUCAACGAUGCUGGCGAGGAUCAGACAACCAUCCCACCCUCGCCCCCAUACUCUGAAGGAUCCGGAGAAGAAAACUGGUCAGGAGUAGACUAUGAUGCACAAACAAGCUACAGUGGCUACGGUACCGUCAUUCCUGUGCGUGGCCCACCAGGGCCGAGGGGAUACAUGGGACCACCUGGGCCCCCAGGACCACCAGGCCCCAAGGGCCAGCCUGGAAGAGAUGGACUAGGAGGAACAAAUGGCAUUCCAGGGCCUCCAGGACAUGUAUUCCUAAUUCCUAUGAACAUUCAAGGUAAUGAAAAGGGUCCAGAUCACCAAGCAGAGCAGUUUCGACAAAUGUUAUCACAACAUAUGAUGGCUAUGAGAGGAUCUGAAGGUCCAAUGGGAUUAACAGGCAUUCCAGGACCUGAAGGUCCUGUUGGUCCAGAAGGACAGAAGGGAGAACCUGGGGACAUUGGAGAACCGGGUCCACGCGGUCUGCGGGGAAUGAUGGGGCUACCAGGGAGAGAGGGAAGAAGAGGAAGGCCAGGCAGGGAUGGAGAACGUGGUAUCACAGGACCAAUGGGCAUGAAGGGUGAACAAGGGAUACAAGGGCAACCAGGUUUACCUGGUGAGAAAGGUGAUCGAGGCUAUCCUGGUAGUCCUGGAGCACCUGGUCUUCCAGGACAUGAUGGAAUGCAGGGUGAAGAAGGACCUAGUGGCUUACCAGGACUGCCUGGUGAACUGGGACCAAGGGGUUUUCCAGGGCCUAGAGGUUUUCCGGGUCUUCCCGGUCCUCCAGGUAUUCCUGGCAGUGAAGGCCCUAUAGGGCCGAAAGGAAAUAAUGGACCACCUGGUCAGCCUGGACCCCCAGGGCAGACUGGUCCUGUUGGUCCAGUAGGACCUCCAGGGCCACAAGGACAACUUGGACCUCCAGGACUGGCUGGACCUCAAGGUAAGCCUGGAAUACCAGGUCUGCCAGGAUCAGAAGGGUCCCCAGGACAUCCAGGAAAUCCAGGCAGCCCAGGGUCAAAGGGGGACACAGGUCCACAAGGACCUCAGGGUCCUGUUGGUUUUCCAGGACCAAGAGGUGUGAAAGGAGAUGAAGGAAAGAGAGGAAGUACGGGAGACAAAGGAGACAAAGGAGAUAGGGGUGCUGAUGGUGAGAAAGGAGACAUGGGGAUGAAAGGAGAAAGAGGAGCCACUGGUCCACAAGGUAUACCUGGACUUGAAGGGCCUGAAGGUCCAAAGGGAUUUGAUGGACCAAGAGGGGAGGCAGGUCCACCUGGUUUCCCAGGGGAGAAGGGCAAGAUAGGUAUGCCAGGAUUUGCAGGUUAUCCUGGACCUCCUGGAGAGAAGGGUGACAAAGGCGCUGAAGGAAAAACAGGGCAACCUGGUGACAAAGGUGACAGGGGAAAUCCUGGCCAGCCUGGGGAGAGAGGAGAAACUGGUCCUAGAGGUUUCCGUGGAUCAAGAGGAAGAAGAGGUGUAGAAGGUAUUCCAGGACCAAAGGGUGACACUGGCCAACCUGGUCCCCCUGGGUCUCCUGGAGAACCUGGACCACAAGGACCAGAUGGAAUGAGAGGAUUUAUUGGACCACAGGGUCCCCCAGGACCAAAUGGCAAGGAUGGUAUCCAAGGACCUCCUGGAGAAAGGGGCCCUCCAGGCGAGCCUGGACCACCAGGGCCAGCAGGUGCACCUGGCGUAGUUGGACCACCAGGCCCAAUGGGAGAGCCUGGACCUAUGGGUGAGCCUGGAAACCCCGGGCACCCUGGAUUGCCAGGUGAGCCAGGACAUCCUGGAGAAGCAGGAAAGGAAGGACCAUCUGGUCCUCCUGGUCCACAGGGAAAGCCUGGUCCUCCAGGUGGCCCAGGACUGCCAGGGUUCCCUGGCGAAAGAGGACUUCCUGGGUUACCGGGUAUGCCUGGCCUUAAAGGUGACACUGGGCCAAUUGGUCCCCCAGGUCCCGCAGGAGACAAAGGUCAACAAGGUGAACCUGGUAAGGAGGGACCACCUGGUCCAGAAGGAAGAAAAGGCCCACAGGGUCCACCAGGAGCAACAGGAGCCAAAGGAGACAGAGGGGAACCAGGGGGGCCUGGCCCUACAGGCAGGGAUGGACUGCCUGGGCAGCGUGGGCUGCCAGGACCUCCAGGACCAAUGGGUCCUCCUGGGGAAGAUGGUGACAAAGGUGAAACAGGACCACCAGGAGAGAAGGGAUUCAAAGGAGCCCGAGGAGAAUCUGGCCCAUCAGGUCCACCAGGUCCUAUGGGCCCACGUGGAGAACCAGGGCCUAUAGGGCCAGCAGGAGAUAAAGGUCCCCCAGGAGAAAUAGGCCGACAGGGUGCUAAAGGAGAAGAUGGCCCACCAGGUGUGGCUGGGCCAGCUGGUCCUCCAGGACCUCAAGGCCUUCCCGGACCCCCAGGAAUCAAAGGAGAGAUGGGAGAUGAUGGAGCCAGAGGACCAGAAGGACCAGCAGGACCUCCAGGAGAGCCAGGGCCUCGAGGCAGCAAGGGUGGGGAUGGAAUGCCAGGACCGCCUGGCCCUGAAGGGCUACAGGGUCUCAAAGGAGAACCCGGCAAUCCAGGACCUCCUGGGCCCCCUGGUAUUGAUGGGAAACAUGGAGAGAGGGGGCCACCAGGACCAAAGGGAGAUGAAGGCAAGGCUGGAGUACAGGGUUCUCCUGGUCCUCGAGGUCCAAUAGGUCCUGAAGGACCAAAGGGCAAUCCUGGACCACCAGGCUUCCCUGGACCUGCAGGUGAGCCAGGAUUGGUUGGGCCAAAGGGUGAUGCUGGGAAAGAUGGAGAAGAUGGCAGACCAGGAUCUCCUGGGCCUCCAGGAGAAGCUGGGCCACCAGGAAAAAUGGGCCCCGUGGGAGCACCUGGAAAGGUGGGCCCUGAAGGUCCUGCAGGUCAACAGGGGAGUACAGGAAGCCCAGGGGAGAAAGGUGACAGAGGAAUUCCUGGCCCUCCUGGACUACAAGGACCUGUGGGACCUCAAGGAAACCCAGGACCUCCAGGACCCCAGGGAGUCAGAGGUUCACCAGGACCUGCUGGUGAUGUAGGUCCACCUGGGAAAUCUGGUGCAGACGGGCAGCCAGGAAAGGUUGGUGAACCAGGUGCCAGAGGACCUAAAGGUGAGAGAGGUCGACGUGGACCAAAAGGACAUCGAGGUGAUAUUGGUUUGGUUGGACACAAAGGUUCACAGGGCGAAAAAGGUGAAAAAGGAGACAAGGGACCAAGAGGACCUCAGGGACCCAAAGGAAAUCCUGGUCCCUCGGGUCCUGCUGGUCAGAAAGGAAGUGAUGGACCUCAAGGACUGCCAGGAAUGGAAGGCCCUCCAGGUCCAAAAGGAUCUGAAGGAGUAGCAGGAAUGAAGGGAGAGCCAGGUCCGGCAGGACCCCCGGGGCCCCCAGGGCCUCCAGGGGAACUGCCACUCUUACCUCCAGAGCUACUGUUCCACCGAGAAGCUGGCAGGGAAAAGAGAGCACUUAAGGAUUUAGAAGACAUGGUUUUGGAAGAAAUGACUGCUGAGCCAAAGGAAGACCUAGGCGGGAAAUUCUUGGACAUGUAUAGCUCAAUAUAUACAAUGAGACAAGACCUGGAUCGCAUAAGAAAGCCUGUUGGUACACGUGAAAACCCAGUACGAACUUGCAAGGAUCUCUUCUAUGGGCAUCCUCAGUUUAAGGAUGGAUGGUACUGGAUUGAUCCCAAUUUAGGAAUGCCCGAUGAUGCCAUAUAUGUGUACUGCAAUAUGACUGGAAGUGGGGAAACCUGUGUUUUUCCUGACAUACAUUCUCGUCAGAUGCCAAAUAUCCAGUGGAGGAAGGAAAGUGAUAAAAAUGAGUGGUAUUCCAAUCUUCGAGGAGGAUUCCGGAUAACUUAUGAGACUGUUGGAGUAGUCCAGAUGACAUUCUUGAGGCUGCUCAGUCAGGAUGCAUAUCAAAACUUCACCUAUACAUGCAUCAAUUCAGCAGCUUGGUAUAGUCUCAAAAGUCAAAAUCAUGACAUGGCUAUCAAACUACUGGGAGAAAAUGAGGUUGUGUAUAGUUUUGAUGGUAUUAAGCCAGACAUCCUUAGUGAUGGUUGCAAGACACGGAAAAGCAAAAGUGAGACUGUAUUUGAAGUAAGAACUAAAAAACUUGAGAAUGUUCCCAUAAUAGAUUUCUAUCCUGUGGACUAUGGUCUACCACAUCAAGCAUUUGGCUUCGAGGUGGGCCCAGUAUGCUUCAUAUGAUGUGAUCAUAGGUGUAUUCCGGAGAUAAUUGACUGAACAUAAUAUCUGAAUGAAUGUUGAAAUAAAUUUAAAUGUAGUGUUCAACUGUAUUGCUUGUGUGAUGUGAAACUUAUCAGAUGCAAUAGAAAUUAUAUUGUGAUGUUUAUAUUACAUUAAAAACAGAUUACAAUAUUGAAACAGAUGAAAGUGUGCCUGAAUUACAAAGUAAACUAUAAGAAAUGAGUAAAUGGGUGAUAUAUUUUAAAGAAGCACCAAAAAGUAAAUCAUUAUAUUUAAUAUUUAAGUUAUUUAUUGAUAUUAGACUUAGAACUGAAUUACCUUGAGAAACUUUUGAAGCGUAUUCAACGCAGCUCAGAGUGUGUGUUUGUAAUGUUUAAACUCAUUGUUGCAUUCCGUAAGUCAUACUUCAAAUGCAAUUUUGCUACUUAGAUACAGUAUUUACUACUCAAUUUGUCAUUUGUGUGAUCACAAUGUAGAGUUAAGGGAGAGUAAAGUUAUAAUGCUCACAUUCAUUAUGACUCGUAUAUCAUAACUUGCAUCAAGUACUACAUCCCAAGUCAGUGUCAGAAUUGUCCAAUUUGGUGUUCUCAUCACAAAGUGAUGCUGAACAUGAGACCUGGAAGUAAUACUUUAAAUUCUCAUCACCACGUUUUAGUUAAAUAAUGAUAAUAUUAAAUAUGUAUCCACAAUACAAUUUUUAAUAUUUGUUAAAUUUCCAUAUGAGGAAUAGCACUGAUAAAGCUGUCAAUAUGCAGAUACCCAGAAGGUACACAGUGAAUAUGCCUCAGUGAGGUUUUCUGUAGAUAUAUCAUGAAAACUCUUUGUAAUCUUUUUUAAGACAGUGACAUUUCUAGACUUCUGCAUCUUGACGCAUUGUGAAUAUAAUGCAUAAUGUUAUAAUACAAUAUACACCUGAUGAAAUUUUUAUGUUCAUAAUGAUACGAUUAUGUAACAUCAUAUUAUGCGUAGAAAGUUAUAGUCUGUUAAGACAUAUUGUACUAAAGCCACAUUAUGUAACAACGGAUUGGUAAUACUAUCCCUAUAACUGGAGUUAUUUAAAAACUGAAUGGAUACUGCAGCCACUAAUGCAAUUACAUCAUAGGUGGAAAAGACAAGUUUCUCCCAUUUUACUGACUAGUAGAAAACUUUUAUUCCAGUUAUAUGUAAUAACGAUCACUGAAUUACUUCAAAUGCACUGCCAUUUUGUUCAAACUAUUUGUAUUUUUAUUAGUUUUAAGAUUGUAACUCUUAGACAAAUGUAUAUGUUUUUGAUUUUUUCCUUUUUGUAAAUAAAAAUUAAUUAUAAAACAUAUUAGGAAAUAAGUGGAAUAAUUAUCCUUUGUAAACACACACAUUUUGUACAGACAUAGAAAUGUAGCUGCAGACAGCAGUUCUCAUGAAUGACAACUGACUAAAAUGUUCGAACGUAUAUUGCCAAGUUCAUCUCUCAAACAACAUUUGUAUGUUGGAUAUGGUGAAAUGUUCCAUACUUGCACUUUUUGUUAUGUUGUAACAGUAAAAUGAAAUAUACAAGUAACAACCAACUCGGAGUAGGAAUAGUGCUCCACUACAUGUACAAGCAAUUCUAACCAUAAUUUAAACUUAAUAUGAUACUAGCUGUA